GAUUCCGUUUUCCCCACAUUUUUCCCUAGAAGAAAGAAAGAGAAGAACAGGGAAGAAAGGGACAAAUAUAGAAUCCUUCCGAUCGGAAUCGUUUCCGAACAGUAUCAUAAUACGUGCCCUGUCCCGGUCGUAGAAAUGGCCGCGAAGGAACCGACCGUCGUCGAGUCGAUCGACGACGGGAUACCCGAGCCCGAGAUCGAACCCGGCGCUUCUUCGGAGACGAUGCUUGUUACCACUGACAGCUUCGACGAAUACGAGCAGGAGAUGAGCAAUAGCAUCGAUCCUGACAGGCAGAUGAAAGAGAGCACUACCAGCACCAUCUCCGAGAUCCAGGACAUCGCGCAGGAUACACCUCCGACAACCACCCCCGCAGGUCCGCGGAAACCUGAGAAAACUCUCUCUCUUGACGACUCAGAAAUGGAGGAUGCCACGCAGCGUUUGAGUCAGAGUAGCUUGGACGGGGACCCGUUGCGCUGUAAGACCUGGCUGGCACAGAGAAAGCACAUUUUUAUCUUGAGCCAGGCGGGAAAACCAAUAUAUUCUAGAUAUAGUUCGGAGGACAAGCUAGUCACAGUUAUGGGGGUUAUGCAAGCCCUAGUGUCAUUUGUUCAAGCGGGCAGUGAUAUGAUCAGAUCCGUACACGCAGGCGACACAAACUUUGUUUUCGUCGUGAAGGGUCCAUUGAUUCUAGUGGCAGUGUCCAAGACUUUGGAAAGUGUACCUCAACUUACCUUACAAUUAACGUAUGUAUAUAAUCAGAUAAUAUCCGUGUUGACGCAGUCUCAGUUAAAUAGGGUAUACGAUCAAAGACGAAACUUUGAUCUACGAAGAUUACUCAGCGGCAGCGAAAGACUGAUAGAUCACUUAUUGAACUUUAUGGACAGAGAACCAGCUUUCUUCUUAGGAGCUAUUAAAUGUUUGCCGUUACUCCCCUCCAUGAGAAGCUCCAUUACACAGACUAUCAUUCAGACGUGUGCGAAGAUCAAGAAUUUAGUAUUCGCAAUACUUCUAGCUAACAAUCAAUUGGUGACAUUAGUUAGAAUGAACAAAUUUUUCCUGCAUCCGAUGGAUCUGCACAUAAUACAAAAUCUUGUGGAGAGUUCCGAGUCGCUCAAAACCGCUGAGAGCUGGACACCGAUAUGCCUACCGAAAUUUGACUCCAACGGCUACAUGCAUGGUCACGUUUCAUACUUGGCGGAAGAUUGCCAGGCGUGUUUGUUACUACUCACUGUCGAUAGAGACGUAUUUUUUGUGCUAUCGGAGGCUAAACAAAAAAUUGUUGAGAAAUUAAGGCGGACGAAUUGCUUGGAGGCAAUAAACGAGUCCAUGAAUAGGCCGACGAUAAAAACCGCUGACAUCGGGUUACCAGAGAUGCGACACGUCUUGUACAAGUGCAAAAGUACGGCGCAGUUUUGGAGUCCCGGGCUUCAACCACCUUACACGACGGAUGAGGAAAUAGAACGUUUGUUAGGGCUUUAUCAAUGCUUGCACCAGAGAUUACACUCUCCCAGUCGGCCCUUGAAACUUAUAUUCCAACAGUUGGAUAAGGAAACGAUGUUGGCAUGGGUGGCUUCUGGCUUCGAAUUGUACGUAACAUUUGAGCCGCUGGUGACGAAACCAGACGCUAUCGAAGCAGUGAGCAAACUAUUGAAGUGGAUAAAGAAAGAAGAAGAGAGAUUAUUUAUCCUGAACUCGCCUACAUUUUAAACAUUGCCAAGUACUUUUUGUUUUUAUGGGCACAUGCCAAGAAUGAAAUGUAAGAAGGAUAAAGGUAUUUAUCGAUCAAGUGUUAUUCCGAGGAACAUCGUGCAAUUUGAUACGUUACAAGGAUUCCAAAACAAGGAAUCUAAUAAAUUUUCAAGGGCACGAGCGUAGUUAUUAUUCGUCCAUUGUUACGCAUAGGUAAUACCAAUAUAUCGUUCACUAUUUUUUUAUUUAAUAGAAAACAAUUGUAAUAUAACGUAAAUAAUGUGAAAAAUGUACAUAUACUCGGACAUCUUAUUAUAUAAAUGCUAUUCCAAUGUGGUACUGUAAUUUUAAUACGGAAUUCCAUGCAUGUCGUGUAUAUAUACCGACGUUAAAUACAUUUGUAUAAUGGUAGGAAUAAAGAAGAAUGAUGGAUCACUAA